AUGUCACUAAGUAUGCAGGACGCCACUGGAAGAGACUCCUGGGCAAACACUACACCUCAUAUGAACCUUCACGAUCCUCGCUCAUACGAGCAGCUCGAUCCCCCCUCGGAAAGCUGCUUCUUUCCCGGUGCUGAGCGCCCAUCCGAGAAGCAUGAGCCCAAUGCCGACCUUCACAAUCCUGACAUGAUCGGCAUUGAACCAAAUUUAAUUCCAACCACAAGUUCCGACAAUCUGGACCCCAAUCAUCUCGACACCACCGGGUGGUAUUCGCAUUACAAUCACUGUGUGCAGUAUUUUGUCGACACGAGUCAGCACACACCUACCGUGCAGGCCAUUGCCAGUUUUGUCAACAUUCGUCUUCCUUGUCAGCGACCCGAAGCUCGCUCUCAGGAUUCACAAUCGUCCCCUCCGGCAGGCCAGCAGCCAUCCAGCACCCAGAUCUCAUUACGACCCUAUGUUCGCCGACUGAUCGCAACCGCCCAAGACACUCCACUCAUCAUGGGCGCUUUCUUCGGGCCAGACUGGCCCGCUGGUGUGGGCGUGAUUCACAAACAAGAGCGUCUAAACUAUCUUUUCACAGCAAAGAGCUGUGGCUGGGCACAGACUAAGGUGGCCUAUGAUAUACUCCCUGAGGAGCAGACGCCUUUUCUUCGACCAUUACGGGAUCCGGAUGAGGAGGAACUUCGGGCAGCUGAGGCCCGGUGGAGCGAGUGGCUGGCGAUGGAGGAUUGGAUGGUCGGUGCGCGAAGUCCAUGGUGA